AUGCCGACAACACAAAGACGCAACCCAGCUCAGGCACAGAAAUUACGACGACAAUCUCGCAGUCCAGAGCAGGCACCCAAAUCCUCGCGGCGGUCUCGCAGCCCAGCUCAGGCACCACAGGAAAUUGCAGCAGGGGAGGAAUUCGCUGAAGGAGCAAUGGACGUGGAUAGUACCGAAGAAGAUACCGACUCCGAUUCCGAAGAACCCCCACUUCAGGACAGGUUUCCAACCAGUGAUCAUGCGAUCCGUAUCACCCAAGAAGCAGUGGCGGCUUCGCCCAAUGUUAUUGCCAACUUUAUCAGUCAAAAGAAACACCGAGAUCUAGAAAAAUUCUGCGAUCGUCUCAACGCUCAAAUUCGCAAAGCGAACAAACAACGUGGCUUAAAUAUUGAUAAAGGCACGAUUCCAUACGGCAGCUAUCGAGGACUGCUCCAAGGUUAUGGAGAAGCAUUCGUACACUAUACCAACAACACAGACCAUGAAAAGGCAUGGGACCAGUUCAACAAGACUUACAAGCUUAUUGCUGCUCUAAAUAUAAGGCAUUGGAUUCCACCCGAUUGGAACCUUCAUGAGUCUUGGGCAGAAGAACAAAUCAGCCUGCCUAAUCCAGACCCGAUCAAAUACCAUUUGCCUCCACUCUUGGAAGAGGAGGAAUUAGACCGGCGGAGUAUAGAGAAGGAAGAGGCAAAUGAGCUAUUAUCAAGUAUAGAGACUGAUGAGGAGACUACUUCUGUCGAAGAUCUUGGCGCUCUUGAAUCUAGGACGUGGGAGGAACAGCGACAAAUGUCUUCCGGGACGGUCCUCUACUGGUGGCCCAAGGCACAGGGUCACAGACCUUCGUUAUAUAUGGGCGCCCAUCUGCACCUAUCUAUCGAAUCCGGGCUGGUUCUCAUGAGAAGCAAAGUGGAGCGGGUGUUGAUUUCUAAAACCCGUGGGACUGCUAGAGAGGUAGACGAAGAUGAUGACGGAGUUCUUGACGAGCACAGGAAGUAUAGUAGGAGUGAUGUUGCUGGCAUUCUUGGGAUUGGAUGGAAGAUGGAUGGUGACGAUGAAGACGGAAUCAACCCAUUGUUACUACUCCAGCCAACCAAAGGUGGGUUAUAUCCACAAACCCGAGCUUUGGUCAAAUGGAGAGAUGGGACUCGCACUGUCGAAGGAAGAUCAUUUAUCAGGCGAAUCACCAUGGGAUCAAGUCUGGAUGGUGAUAAAACGAUUUACCAGAAAGCCGUGGAAAUGGAGAAAGCCUACCGAAAGGAUCAAGGUCUGGAUGACUAUGAAGAUGAUUUCACAAGUUAG